AAGUGUGUUGUACGUCACGUAAACUGCGUUGUUGCAGAGUCACUGCGAGUGUUUCGAGUGUAAACAAGGGGUUGGUAAAAGAAAAGUCUAGAACUACCAUCUGUAUUAUUAUUUUCGCAUAAUUUAUUGGUAUAUUUAAUUUAGCAAAGAACAGAUGCAUUUCGUUUCAACAUGGUGUGAUAAUAGAGAAGCACUGUGCCAAGGGAGGAAAUGCAAUAGUUGGUGAAUAAAGCGAGGUGACCGCGCGGAGACGAAUCGAUUCCUCGGCCUGCAGUGUCGCAGCGAGGGGCUGAAAAGUCCCUGCAUGUCCAGGCCUAUCUCAGUCUGGACCGCAGGCGGAACCCCCUGAGCCCAUCGUGGCUGUUUCGGGCCCAUUGUCUCGACCAUGGCUUCUGAGGUGAAGGACUGCGAGGAGGAGACGUUGCAGACCGCCUUCAAAAAGCUCCGGGUCGAUGCGGAAAGCCCCAGGGCCGCGGCGCGGAUCUGCGAGGCUCUGGCCCAGAAGACCGAGGGAGGCAAGUCCAAAGGGGCCUGUCCCAAGGAGAACUGGCACGGAUGUGUGCGUAAGACUUCCAGAGGAACUGUGAGGAGCCAGAGGCGGAGAAGAUCAAAGUCUCCCAUCCUCCACCCUCCAAAAUUCACCUACUGCAGCCCCAAGAUGUCCCCCCCGCCCGGCCACCUGAAGCACAAGAGCCUGGGGGAGGGCGACGCCCCCGGCGCGGGCCUGGGGGUCCCCGCCAAAAAAGAGCUGCUGUCCUCGGGCCACGCCUCGCCCGUGUUCGGGGCGCCGGGGUACGAGCCCCGCGCCCCACAGCUCCGGGGCGGGGCCGCCUCCCCCGAGGUCCUCCUCAGACCCCCGUCCGACGACGACGAGGGGGGCGGCGCGGAGAGCCCCGCGCGGGCGGGACGGGCCCCGCUCCUCCUCCUCCCCCUCCCCGAGCGGUCGGCGGCAGGGGGGGCGGAGGCGGGGGCGGGGGCGGCGGCGGGCGGAGCCCUGCACGCGGACUUCCGGUCGCUGUCACGGCUGCAGGAGAGCCGGGCGGAGGCGUGCGGGUGCGAGGUCGCCGGGGCCUCCCCGCGGUGCCGCCGCUGCGGGGGCUGGGAGGGCGUGGAGGUGUACUCCUUCACCGGCCUGCGGGACGUCAUCUCCGAGUGCGAGCGCAACCUGGUCGCCCCCGGCGACCCGGCCCGGGCCUCGCCGCGCCGCCGGACUCAGGCGGGGUCGCCGCGCUCCUGCUCGGAGCAGGCCCGCGCCUACGUGGACGACAUCACCAUCGAGGACCUGUCGGGCUACAUGGAGUACUACCUGUACAUCCCCAAGAAAAUGUCCCACAUGGCGGAGAUGAUGUACACCUGAGACCGCCGUGGCCGUCGGGGAGGGGGGGGGGAUAAGCGGUUAGGCAUGACGUUAGUCUAGUCCACCCCCCCCCCCCGGUCCGUUCGCUCGUCUUCGCGGUGACGUGUAGUAGCGCCAAAACGCGUACGGAGGUGUACCCGCUUCUUCUUGUUUUCUGUUCCGUCUUCGUUUCCGAAAAAGAGCUCGAAUGAUUUAUCUCUGGUUCACGCGAUGAGAAGUUGCCAAAGCUCUAAAACUACUUUGCAAAAAAUAAAAACAAAAAAAAAAACCACAGGUGUGAUUAAACAUUAUGCCAUGUUAUCAUUUCAGUUUCUUCAUGGCCAAGGGUGUCUUUGGAAUUUAUGUUUCACUUAAUACAUUUUUUUUUGCUCAAAAUUAUGCAUUAAUGGUAAAUUCACUUUUUUCAGUGGAACUUGUGCUUUUGGGUUUGUAGCUUUUUUUUUUUUUUUUUGAAAGAUGUUUAAUAUCAUGCUCAUCAUAAAAAUGCAGUUGAAGAGGGCACUGCCAACACGGACGUGAUAUCUCCUGUGAUUUAAGAGCCAUCUCAUCACACGAAUGUUCAUUAAUAUGUGAGGGAAAUUUGAUCGGGUUACAGACACAAAGAGAACCACCCGGAUCCAUGAAAUAUUCUCGUUUGCUUCCUGGGUUGUUUAUGAUUAUUUUGGCAGGAAUAGCCGGACUUGUAGAAUUGGUCUGCAUCUGUUGUGGGUCCAUUUGACGUGAACGUGUCAUCCAAAUAAAGUGUUCUAAGAGGUAUGAA